AUGCCUCAAGGGCACAUCCAAGACCAGGUCUAUGCGGCCUCUAUCAACGAUCCCGAGGAGUUCUGGCAGCGUCAAGCGAAUAAUCUACACUGGCAUAAGAAGCCGUCUAAAGCGUUCCAAAGGAGUACCAAGCACUUGAAGAAGAGCAAUGUGUCGCAUGAGCACUGGGAAUGGUUUGCCGAUGGUGAGAUCUCGACGACAUAUAAUUGUGUAGAUCGCCACGUGGCCAAUGGCAACGGCGAGAGGGUAGCGAUAUGCUGGGAUAGUCCGGUGACCAGUCAGAAAGAGCAGUACACGUACAAGCAACUGUUGCAAGAAGUGGAGACACUGGCAGGUGUGUUGAGGGAAGAGGGUAUCAAGAAAGGCGAUGUCGUAUUGAUUUACAUGCCGAUGAUACCGGCUGCGCUAUUUGCUAUGCUGGCCAUCGCCCGGCUUGGAGCUAUACACGCAGUUGUGUUUGGUGGCUUCUCACCUGCAGCACUGGCUCAGCGGAUCGAGGCAAGCCGCCCUGUUGCGAUCAUGACUGCGUCUUGCGGAAUUGAAGGAGCGAAGAAACCUGCCGAAUACAAGUCGAUGAUCGAGGGUGCUGUUCAUAAGAGUAGCUUCAAGCCAUCCAAGACGAUCGUCUGGCAGAGGGAGCAGCUAAGAUGGGACCCGGUAGUCAAAGAGGAGGGUCAGAGAAACUGGCAACGGCUAGUCAAAAGCGCGAAGAAUAGAGGCUUGAAAGCCGAUGCUGUGCCUAUCAAGAGCGGUGAUGGACUGUACAUUAUCUACACCUCUGGAACUACUGGACUUCCAAAGGGCGUCGUUCGCUCAGCAGGUGGUCAUGCUGUUGGGCUGAACUUCUCUAUCAAGUACCUGUUUGGUGUUCAUGGCCCGGGUGACGUUAUGUUCACAGCAAGCGACAUCGGUUGGGUUGUUGGGCACUCUUACAUUGUCUAUGCUCCGCUGCUAGCUGGUGCUACUACUGUUCUGUUCGAAGGCAAACCUGUCGGAACUCCCGAUGCGAGCACCUUUUGGCGCGUCAUCGAAGAGUACAAAGUAACCACCAUGUUCACCGCUCCUACAGCUCUACGAGCAAUCCGUAGGGAUGACGGUGAUAACGAGUUCUUCGAAGCAAGAGGACAGAAGGGUGCGUUAAAGACGCUCAGGGCGCUGUUCCUAGCUGGAGAAAGAAGCGAACCGAGCAUCAUCCAGAUGUACCAAAAAUUACUAGCAAAGCACUGCGCUCCUGGUGCGAUGGUCGUGGACAAUUGGUGGUCCUCUGAAUCCGGCUCACCUAUCUCUGGAAUCGCACUUAGCGCCUCUGCCGGACUGGAUUUCUCCUCACAAGAGCGACCUGCGCCGCUUCCAAUCAAACCUGGUUCGGCUGGAAAAGCCAUGCCUGGGUUCGACGUACGUAUCGUGGAUGACUCGGGCAAAGAGGUGAAGAGAGGCGAGAUGGGUAAUAUCGUCAUGGCGAUACCACUUGCUCCAACGGCGUUCACUACACUCUGGGAAGACGAAGAACGCUUCUACAAGGGCUACAUGAAGAGAUUCGACGGGAAGUGGAUUGAUACUGGCGAUGCUGGCAUGAUUGACGAGGAGGGCUACAUUUCGAUCAUGGCACGAGCAGAUGAUGUGAUUAACGUUGCGGCACAUCGCUUUAGUACUGGUGCCAUCGAGCAAGCUAUCACGACACAUACUUCCAUCGCCGAAGCAGCCGUAGUCGGCAUCCCCGACGCUUUGAAGGGCCAUCUCCCUUUCGCUUUCAUCACGCUGUCCACCCACCACCAUCCCGAAUCCGCAGUCGCAGACGACAAACUCCUCGCUGAAGUCCAACGCCUAGUACGUGAACAAAUCGGUGCCAUUGCAAGCCUCGGUGGCAUCAUACAGGGCAAAGGAAUGAUCCCAAAGACAAGGAGUGGCAAGACGUUGAGGCGAGUGCUACGCGAACUACUGGAGAAUGCCACACAUGGAGAGUUCGACAAGGAAGUUAGUGUUCCGAGUACGAUUGAAGACCGGGAGGCUGUCAACGUUGCGAGAGAGAAGGUUAGGGAGUAUUUCAAGGUCAAGGGGAGGGAUUUGCACAAGGCUACAGAGGCAAGGGCGAAGUUGUAG